UCCGGCAGCGGGCACAGUCAGCACCGCGGACAGCGCCCCCACUGAGCCCCUCCGCACCCCCACCAUGACGGCGGAGGCGCACCUGCAGGGCGUGGAGAUCUCGGCCGCCCAGUUCUUCGAGAUCUGGCACCACUACGACUCCGACGGCAAUGGGUACAUGGAUGGGAAGGAGCUACAAAACUUCAUCCAGGAGCUGCAGCAGGCGCGGAAGAAGGCAGGCUUGGACUUAACACCUGAAAUGAAAGCAUUCGUGGACCAGUAUGGCAAGGCUACUGAUGGAAAAAUAGGAAUUGUUGAGCUUGCUCAGGUGUUGCCGACGGAGGAGAAUUUCCUGUUGUUCUUUAGGUGCCAGCAGCUAAAGUCGAGUGAAGAUUUCAUGCAGACAUGGAGAAAAUAUGACAGUGACCACAGUGGCUUCAUUGAUUCUGAGGAACUUAAGAGUUUCUUGAAAGAUUUAUUACAGAAAGCAAAUAAGCAGAUUGAAGACUCAAAGCUAACAGAAUAUACAGAAAUAAUGCUCAGGAUGUUUGAUGCAAACAAUGAUGGAAAGUUGGAGCUUACUGAACUAGCCAGGCUACUCCCAGUACAGGAAAAUUUUCUUAUUAAAUUUCAGGGUGUCAAAAUGUGUGCAAAAGAGUUCAAUAAAGCCUUUGAGAUGUAUGAUCAAGAUGGCAAUGGAUAUAUAGAUGAAAAUGAACUUGAUGCACUACUGAAGGAUCUCUGUGAAAAGAACAAAAAGGAAUUAGACAUUAACAACCUUGCGACAUACAAGAAAAGCAUCAUGGCCUUGUCUGAUGGAGGAAAGCUUUACCGAGCAGAACUGGCUCUCAUUCUUUGUGCUGAGGAAAAUUAAAACUCUUCUCUCAUGUCCACUUAACUAGUGAUGUAUUCUAUCUACACGAUAACUGUGCACUAUAAGGGAGUAGGCUGUAUUUUUAAACUGCAUAUAGAAAAUUAACCAGGAUGUGUGGCACAUUCCUUUAAGUUUGUUUCUAUAGUGUUUGUAAUGUACAGUUUUUGUAACAAUAAGAUUGAUAAAGAGAAUGUCUAUGUUUGGGCCAGUCUGUAUAUUCAAAAGAAACUAAAAAACACGUUGGGGUUGGAUUUUUUUUUUUUUUUUUUUUUUUUUUGCUUUCAUGAACAUGCCUGAAAAAAAAUUACACCUGCUGAUGUUGUUGUGGUUACCAUAUCCUUUGACACUUGCAACAUUUUUCCUUGUUGAUCUACAUAACAAAAGGUCUAGAAAUUUCUCUUCCACUUACAACUACACGUUUGGGUUUUUUGUUUGGGUUGUUGUUUUUUUGUUUUUGUUUUGUUUUGUUUGUUUUGUUGUUUUUUUUUAAUGUAAGAUACAAAUUCAGAAGAAAUAUGAUUUAGGCUGGAAAAGGAAAAAGAAGUAGGCAUGUCUACACUCCAAAAGUACACUCCAAGAAAUAUUUCCAGUUGUCAAACCACCACUUACAGGUCUGUGCUCUCUGCAGUUGAAAAACUACUCUUCUCAUUAUGAACUCCAAGUAUAUAGAGGAAGCAUUUAUCUGUGAUAGAUCUCCACACAGUAGUUGUCAAAAAUAUACUGUUCUCAAUCUUGCUGUUUAACUUUACUGAAUUUAAACAUAGGCACUUCAGAAACAAAUGCCUUUAAUCUGUCUUGGAAUCCUGAUUAAAUGACAGAUAGCAUAGUUAAUACACAGAUUAACAUAUGAUAUUAUAAGUGUACCUUUCAUGACUAUUGCUGUGUCAGAGAAUAUGACAAUCCAUUUUCUAAACUAUUUUCACAUUUUGCAGGUUAUAUUAUUCUAGUAAAUUGCUGUUUUUACAUCAUAUUCUGUGUAAUCUAUGAUUAAAUUUAAUAUCCUAAGACUAUUGUUGUCUAGUUUGUCUCUCUCCUGGAUGUUCUUUUCUGUACCAUGUAAAGGACAAAACAAUUAUUUUGAAAAAUUGUGCCUCCUUGGAUCUUACACUGACUUAUUAAUCUGUAAUAAUACUAAUAAAAGUUAACACUAAAAUAAAUAUAAGGCCUAGUAAAGAUUUUAUAACAGUUUAGUAAUUCAGUUUACCCAUGCUCUGCUUUUUAUUAAGCUAGAGAAGUAUUUUUUUAAAAUGUGAAAUAUAAUAUGGAACAAGCUCUUUCUUCUUCCUUUU